AUUUCCCUAUUGGCCCUCCCAAAGUCCACGCACAUGUAUCCUGUCUAUUUUAAUCGCCCAUCCAAUAUUUUAUCACUUCCCACAAAACAAAUAUAAAGAAGAGAAUGAUUAUGAGGCGCUGUGAGAUUGAGUAAUCAAAGGAAGCAUCCCUCACAGCUUUCAUUUUUGACUGCUCAUUCAUGGGUUUGAACAGUUGGUGAUGACGACAUUUGUUUUCAUUUAAGAGGGUUUCAAUCGGGAGCCUUCUAUGUGUGUAAUAGUUUAGUUUAAUGGAGGGAAAAAUAAACAUCAUCGGGUGGAGGCUAGGGAGAGGAAGCCAAGUGGCAUCUAAAUGAAAAGGGAUUAGUCAGAAAGGGGGAUGUCGGAAUCUUUCCUUUGAUUGAUCUCCCUCACUCGCCCGCCUCAAAAGAAAAGAAAAGACAUCCAUCCAUCUAACAUGUUAAGCUUCGGCUUCGGCCGAUCUGCUCUCGUCCCCGUCCUCAUCGCUUUCCUCUUUGUCUCUGCCACCUUCCUCUUCAACUGGCGCCUCGACCUGUCUAAAAUCACAAGCUUUUCUUUUCUCACAAACCAAAAUGCCUCUCCCCGACGGGACUGCUUCAACGGAAAUUUUUCACCGCCCGCAUCGUCAUCCCCGUCUCCGUCUCCGUCACCGUCAACGUCACCGCCACCGCCACCGCCACCAUCUUGGAAUUCGUCGCGGUCGUCCUUGACAUGCCCGGAGUACUUCCGGUGGAUCCAUGAGGACUUGAAGCCUUGGAAGAGGACAGGGAUCACGAGGAACAUGUUGGAAUUCGACAAGAGCCUGGCAGACUUCAAGCUUGUGAUUUACAAGGGAAAAGCCUACGUGGAGACGUAUAGGAGGUCAUUUCAGACGAGGGACGUGUUCACAUUAUGGGGAAUCUCACAGCUUCUCAAGAUGUACCCUGGGCAGGUCCCCGAUUUGGAGCUCUUGUUUCAUUGUGGGGAUCUCAGCAAGGUCCACAAAAGAGACUUUCUGGGAUCACAUGCAAGCAUGCCGUCUGUGGUGCCGCCUCCCGUGUUUCAUUAUUGUGGGGACGAUUCUACCUUUGACAUUGUGUUUCCAGACUGGAGCUUCUGGGGUUGGGGCGAGCUCAGCAUAAGACCGUGGGAGAGAGUACUGAAGGAUAUAGAAGAAGGGAACAAGAAGAUCAAAUGGAAGGAUAGGAUUCCUUAUGCCUUUUGGAAGGGUAACCCAACUACUUCUCGUGUGAGGGGCAACCUCCUCAAGUGCAAUGCUUCCCAUCAACAUGAGUCCUAUGCUCAUGUAUAUUCCUUGAGUUGGGACAAGGAGAUCCAACAAAACUUCAGGAACACAAAGCUAGAAAAUCAAUGUACUUAUAGGUACAAGAUUUAUGCGGAGGGAAGGUCGUGGUCAGUGAGUGAAAAGUACAUACUGGCAUGUGACUCCAUGACUAUGUUCAUAGAACCAAAGAACUAUGAUUUCUACACAAGAAGUUUGGUGCCCCUGCAACAUUAUUGGCCCAUCAGACCCAAUCAUAUGUGCAAAGACAUCAAGUUUGCAGUUAAUUGGGGAAAUUCCCAUCCUAAGCAGGCACAAAAAAUAGGGAAAGAAGGACUAAAAUUUCUGCAAGAGGAAGUGAAAAUGAAGUAUGUGUAUGAUUAUAUGCUUCAUGUUCUGAGAGAGUACGCAAGUCUAAUGAGAUUCAAGCCAGUAAUACCAGUAGGAGCCGUUGAGAUUUGUUCAGAGGUAAAGGAUUGCCAUAUGGAAGGGGUGUGGAAGGAGUUCCUGAACGAGUCGAGGGUUGAGUCACCCAGUACAGAAUCUCCAUGCGAGCUGCCUCCUCCCUAUGAUUCUCAACACCUCCAACACAUCGCAGAUAGAAACAAUGGUCUGAUCCGGCGAGUUCAAUCUAAGGGAAGAGAACAUUGGCUGGACGUUUGUUUAGAGUCUUAGUUUUCAGGCCUUUUUUUUCUUCUUUUCACAGUUGAGUUUACAUUCCUUGCUUACAGAUAGUCAUUUUAAACGCCAGAGCUGCGUUCAUGUAAUUAUUCACAUUUUAUUUUUUAACAGAAUAAAAGUCAUAUAUAGAUGAGCAUCAUGAUUGGUUUAAUUUUUCAAAA